AUGUCGCGUUUAGGGCCACUAUAUUAUGCACUUGUAUUUUUCAUGGUCUUAGCUUACUUGAGCUUGCCUCUUGGAAAGGUCAGCUGUUCGGGGCUGGGCACUGAUCCACAGGCAAACGACCCGGAGCAGCAACCCUGGCACGUGCACCCUACCUCUUUGGCGGAUGUCGGCCAGUUGCAGUACUCGAGAAGUCUGCACAAACGUCGUUCUAUUUCAGAGCCCGAGGCAAAUGGUGAUUCCAGAAAUAUGAGUGACUUUGUGCGGACUGCCACAGAACCCCCCCGUAACCGCUCGUUGCCGCUUUUCGUCUUCGUGGCCGGGGUCGAGGGCUCUGGACACCAUGCCUUGGGCAUCGCUCUGGAGCGGUGCUUUGACGUUUCGUUCUCGUUUGCUCCUGAAGUGUGGGUUGCUCAGUAUUACAGCUUCACGCCGUACGUGUGGACGAGGGCGAGCGAUUUUUACGAGCGGCUAGCUGCGAAUAGCUAUGGAGCGUCCGUUAUUGGAGCACGAGCCGUGUUGGACUAUCAACACUCAUUUCCGUUCGGUUGGUUCCGAUCGACACUUUUUCAUCCGGAUCUUAACAUUCUCAGGGAGCUUGAUGGCGAAUACUUAGAUCUUCGUGUCAUAUUUUUGCAUCGGGAUCCAACAGAUACGGUCAUCUCUGCGUUGAAACGCGGGUUUGUCGACGAUCCCUUCCUGCAGGCGAGAAUCGUCGAAGCUGCCCUGAUGUAUAUGGACCGCUUCAUAGAUAAGAUGGCGCCGGAGAAGGUGGCUGUAAUCCAUUAUAACAGGUACAGAGAGCGUCCUUUAGAGUACCUGGAAACACUGUCGCGCGUCGCAGGGUACUGCAACAAGGAGGACUUGCGCGACUUUAUCGUUGAAGCAGAACUAAUCAUAGAUAGAUUCAGAAAACAGCGUUUGGAGGGCAACGAGCCCAAGCAGUGCCCAAGAAGCAAUCGAAGACGUCCCGAAGACUGCGAUGACUUUGAAAAACGAAUUCGCGCCUGGUUCGCAGCACGCUCCAAGUAUUGGCCACGGUUGGCAGAAGAGCGCCUCUGGUAG